AUGGCGACACGGAAUGCAUCCGGCCAGUUAAUCAGCGUGGAUUGGCAGCAAGAGCAAGACCCACAGGGUGAAGUGAAGAUCACAGAAGUUCAGAUGCUGGUGUGCAACGUCCACGAUGUCGAAGACUUGUUCGAGAGCCAAAUUGCCAGACUGCGGCAAGAGUUUCAACUUGAAUUUACUGAUCUCCGCUCGCGACUCGAAAACGUGGAACGGCAGCUUACUGGACCCGUUGGACCCUCUGUGCGCCGCUACACUUCCGGAUCCAAGUCGGUUGAGAGUCCUUCGAAUGCCAAUGCGAGCACGAUCAAUGAUCCCUAG